UCUCCUUCUUUAACUCACAUUCUGUUUCAGUCUACUGUGUAUGUGCCACUUUGAUGGGGCAUUUGUAAAACCCAGAAAUCCACCUUGAUGAAAUCUUUGGAGAAAGGUUUAGAGCACAAUCCACCUGUUCAAAUAGAUGUUUUAUUAAUUGACGGUUUCUUUUUGCUACAUACCAUGAAAAAUGUCCCGAAAACUUUUGGAGCUAUCUCAAAAAAAAAAUGCUUUCUCUCCUUCGAUUAUAGAUUAUGAAAGAUCUCUUCGCCAAGAAUCAACUCAACUAGAUUUCAAUAUUGCUGCUCCUGAUCAAGUUAGACCGUCAGAUGUUUUAAAAGAACUGAAAAACAUCAAUUUUAAACAGGCCCUCGUUGAUUUCUUUAUUCAACACUGGGCAUCUGAUGAAAUGGUUCCUUUUGUUGAGGAUAAACGGAUAUUUAUAAAUUAUAAACAAUGUCAUUCUUACAUCGUUGAUAACAACAAAGUUGUAUCAGGUGUAGAUGACAGUUUAUCCUGUCCAGAGCAUGAAGAAGCUGACACAAAAAUUGUUUUUCAUGUUUGUAACAUUGAUGCUCAAGCACAUUUUGUUAUUAGAUGUUCUGACACUGAUAUUGCAAUAAUUAUGUUAGGACAUAUGGAUAAUUUGAAAAAUGAUGACUCCAAUGUAUGGUUAUACGCAGGCACCGGAAAUAGCCAGAGAUACAUUAAUUUAAAAAAAAUUUCCAACAUUUGAGCCCAUCUUUGUGUAAAAGUUUACCAGGAUUUCAUGCAUUGACUGGGUGUGACUUUAAUCCUUCCUUUUUCAAAAAAGGUAAACAAAGACCUUUUAAUAUAUUGAUGAAGAAGCAUGAAUAUCAGCUUGCUUUUAUGCAAUUUGGAAGACCAGAGUCGUUUACCGAUGCACACAUACAACAGGA